AUGGGGACGCAAAUGCGCCUGACGCAGCAGCAGCGGCAGCAUCAGCAGGAGCCGGUUUUCCCCCGCAGCACGCGCACGAGCAGCACUACCAGCGCCUGCCCCCGCCACCCCCCCUCCGCCGCUCCUCUCCGCCCCGCCUCCCGCGCACGCCUCCUCUCUCCCCCUCCGCCCGCCCCGCCGCCAGCAGCAGGGGCGGCAGCAGCGUACGCGCCGCCAGCCAAUCAGGCAGGAGACAUGUCCGUGCUCUCACCAGCGGUGCUGGCGGCGGCCCAGGCGGCAGCAGCCUCUGCAGGAAUGUAUUUUGAUCCGGCUGUUUAUGACAUGGGAGGGGGUGGCUCUGUCACUCCUGGCGCUAAGCCAAAGAAGGUCAUCAAGAAGAAGGCAGCCUUAGCAGCAGCAGGAGCGGCAGACUCACCCGCUAAAGCGCCCCCCAAGGACAAAUGUGACGAUGAGGAGGAGGACGAGGAGGAGGAGACGGAGGUGCAGCGGAUGGCGAUGAACAAUGAGAUCAAGCGCGUGCUCACAGAAGUGCUGCUUAAGGUGGGUUGGAUGUUGAGGGCAGUCGCAUGUGAGGGGGAUUGCACGCACUGCUGCCAGGUGCAGCGGCGGAUGGCGAUGAAUAAUGAGAUCAAGCGCGUGCUCACAGAAGUGCUGCUUAAG